AUGACCGUGAUCAAGGAGUAUGAAGACACAGGGAGUUUGAAAGAUUCAACUCGGCGAUUAAUGGUGAACAUCAUUGUGGCUCACAUGCGUGAAAAGGAAGGGAGAGCAGUAGCCAAAACAACCAAGGAGUUUCAUGCUCUUGGGAUUGUGUCACUCUUCCCAUCUUUGAAGGAUCCAUACUCAAAAAAGGGAUAUAUUUUGCAGGAUUUCUUGCUGAUGUUUGGAUCAGAGACUUCAUCCAGGUUCCUGGAAAAGUGGACCACCUGCUUUAAAGACAAGAUCAUCCGAGAGGCCAGGAGCCUGAGAGAGACACCUCUUCUGAAAAAACACCUCAACUCUGCCCUAAAUGAAGAGUCUGACACUGCUGAUGAAGAGCCAGAGUGGGACAGCGACAUGGCCUCCCUUCUUGUCUUGCUGCAUCUGCUUACACCUCAACCAGCUGGACGUAAGCGGCCAAAAAAGAUCAGUGUUGCAGAGGCUGCAGAUCAUUUAGUGCUAUUUCGGAAGGAACCUCACGAGCACAGCUUCUACAUAGUCUUGGAUGGGAAGCUUCUUCCAUGUCAGUCAAGUACAUCUUUGGGUGCAUUUGAUGAGCUGUUCAAGUCUCAUUUUGUUUUCAGUCUGAAAUAUGAUGAUGCUCUCUCCAGCCUGUACACAUUUUUACAGACUACACUGUACAACAUUGACAUUGACACCACAGAAGAAACUCCAAGAGUCAAAGAGUUAAGAGCAAAGUUGUUGAACAAGCAGUAG